UGCGCCUGGCGUAGCCCCGGCACCGACACCGGCCCCGCACCGCGCGGGCCGCGCCGCCCGCCGCUCCCGCCCGUCCUCCCGCGGCCCUGCCCGGCGCCCCGGGGCUCCCCAUCCCGCCGCUUGGGGAGGCCCGGGGGCUGGGUGCCGGCAGCUCUCCGGUGCCCGUGGCGCGGCCGGCGGGGGCUCGCCGGUGCAUGGGCGGGGGGGCCCCGCCGGGCCACCGCCGGCCAUGAGAUGAGCAGAGCGCGGCGCCCUGCCUAGAGCCGCCCCGGGGCCAACGCGGCCAUGGCAUCAGAGGAGGCCUCGCUGCGGGCUCUGGAGAGUCUGAUGACGGAGUUUUUCCACAAUUGCACAACAAAUGAGAGGAAACGUGAGAUAGAGGAGCUUUUAAAUAACUUUGCCCAGCAGAUAGGAGCCUGGAGAUUCUGCCUGUACUUCCUGUCCAGCACAAGGAAUGAUUAUGUGAUGAUGUACAGCCUGACAGUGUUUGAGAACCUGAUCAAUAAGAUGUGGCUGGGGGUCCCAUCCCAGGACAAGAUGGAGAUCAGGAGCUGCCUGCCCAAGCUGCUGCUGGCUCACCACAAAACUCUGCCUUACUUCAUCAGGAACAAGCUCUGCAAAGUCAUCGUGGACAUCGGCCGCCAGGACUGGCCCAUGUUCUACCACGACUUCUUCACCAACAUCCUGCAGCUGAUCCAGUCUCCUGUGACCACUCCCCUGGGGCUGAUCAUGCUGAAAACCACGUCGGAGGAGCUGGCGUGUCCCCGCGAGGACCUGAGCGUGGCCCGCAAGGAGGAGCUGCGCAAGCUGCUCCUGGAGCAGGUGCAGACGGUGCUGGGGCUGCUCACAGGUAUUUUGGAGAGCAUCUGGGAUAAGCACAGUGCUACUGCUGCCACUCCACCACCGUCCCCGACUUCAGGAGAAAGUGGUGACCUCUUGAGUAGCCUGCUGCAGAGCCCCAGUGCGGCCAAACUGCUGAACCAGCCCAUCCCCAUCCUGGACACAGACAGUGAAUACAUCUGCUCCCUGGCACUGGAGUGCCUGGCACACCUCUUCAGCUGGAUCCCCUUGUCCACGAGCAUCACCCCGUCCCUGCUCACCACCAUCUUCCACUUCGCGCGCUUCGGCUGCGACACGCGCGCCCGCAAAAUGUCCUCGGUGAACGGCAGCAGCCCCAGCGCGCUGCUGGGCCAGGAGCGGGGCCGCCUGGGCGUGCUGGCCAUGGCCUGCAUCAACGAGCUCAUGUCCAAGAACUGCGUGCCCAUGGAGUUUGAGGAGUACCUGCUCCGCAUGUUCCAGCAGACCUUCUACCUCCUGCAGAAGAUCACCAGGGAGAACAACGCGCACACGGUGAAGAGCCGCCUCGAGGAGCUGGAUGAGAGAGCACUGAGCCAGGGCAGCCGGGCAGAGAGCUACAUUGAGAAGUUCACAGAUUUCCUCAGACUCUUUGUGAGCGUCCACCUGCGAAGGAUCGAAUCCUACUCCCAGUUCCCCGUGGUUGAAUUCCUGGCCCUGUUGUUCAAAUACACUUUUCAUCAGCCUACACAUGAAGGUUACUUUUCUUGCUUGGACAUCUGGACACUCUUCUUGGACUAUCUGACCAGCAAAAUCAAAAGUCGCCUGGCAGACAAGGAAGCAGUGCUCAACAGAGGCAGAGGGAUAUUGGGUUUUGCCAAGGCUGUUUCCUUACAGCUACCUUGUGACCUGAGGUACGAAGAUGCCUUGGUUCUGUUGCUGACAGAGGUGUUGAACCGGAUCCAGUUCAGGUAUAACCAGGCACAGCUGGAGGAGCUGGAUGACGAGACCCUGGAUGAUGAUCAGCAAACGGAGUGGCAGCGGUACUUGCGCCAGAGCUUGGAAGUGGUGGCCAAAGUCAUGGAGCUGCUGCCAACUCACGCCUUCUCCACACUCUUUCCCGUUCUGCAGGAUAACCUGGAAGUGUAUCUGGGGCUCCAGCAGUUUGUGGUCACUUCAGGAACAGGUCACAGGCUGAACAUCACAGCAGAGAACGACUGCAGGAGGCUGCACUGCUCGCUGAGGGACCUGAGCUCGCUGCUGCAGGCCGUGGGCCGCCUGGCCGAGUACUUCACCGGGGACGUGUUCGCCGCCAGGUUCAACGACGCGCUCACCGUGGUGGAGAGGUUGGUAAAAGUGACGUUGUAUGGAUCCCAAAUCAAGCUGUACAACAUCGAAACCGCCGUUCCCUCCGUGCUGAAACCUGACCUCAUCGAUGUGCACGCCCAGUCCCUGGCAGCCCUGCAGGCCUACGCUCACUGGCUGGCCCAGUUCUACAGCGAGGUGCACCGGCAGAACCCCGAGCAGUUCAUCUCCCUGGUGUCCACAGCACUGGAGGCCAUCACCCCCCUCAUCAGCUCCAAGGUGCAGGAGAAGCUGCUGCUCUCUGCGUGCCACCUGCUGGUGUCCCUGGCCACCACGGUGCGCCCGGUGUUCCUGAUCAGCAUCCCGGCCGUGCAGAAGGUGUUCAACAGGAUCACUGACACCUCUGCCCAGCGCCUCCCCGACAAGGCCCAGGUGCUGGUGUGCAGGGCUCUGUCCAACGUGCUGCUGCUGCCCUGGCCCAACCUGCCCGAGAGCGAGCAGCAGUGGGCUGUGCGCUCCACCAACCACGCCAGCCUCGUGUCCGCCCUCACCAGGGACUACCGCCAGCUCAAGGCCACGGCCAGCCUGCCCCAGAGGAAGGUGCAGCUGGAGGACACCAAAGUGAUCAUCCACCAGACACUGAGCGUUCUGGAAGACAUUGUAGAAAGUGUCUCUGGAGAAUCCACCAAGUCCCGGCAGAUCUGUUAUCAGUCGCUGCAAGAAUCCGUGCAGGUCUCACUAGCCCUCUUCCCAGCUUUCAUUCAUCAGUCAGAUGUGACAGAUGAGAUGCUGAGCUUCUUCCUCACCCUGUUCCAAGGCCUGAGGGUGCAGAUGGGAGUGCCUUUCACUGAGCAAAUCAUACAGACCUUCCUGAACAUGUUCACCAGGGAGCAGCUGGCAGAGAGCAUCCUCCAUGAGGGCAGCACGGGCUGCCGGGUGGUGGAGAAGUUCCUGAAGAUCCUGCAGGUGGUGGUGCAGGAGCCAGGCCAGGUGUUCAAACCCUUCCUGCCCAGUGUGAUCUCCCUGUGCAUGGAGCAGGUGUAUCCCAUCAUUGCAGAGCGCUCAUCCCCUGAUGUGAAGGCAGAGCUGUUUGAGCUGCUCUUCCGGGUGCUGCACCACAACUGGAGGUACUUCUUCAAAUCCAGUGUGCUGGCCAGUGUCCAGAGGGGAGUGGCAGAGGAGCAGAUGGAGAACGAAGCCCAGUUCAGUGCCAUCAUGCAGGCGUUUGGCCAGUCUUUCCUGCAGCCUGACAUUCACCUGUUCAAGCAGAAUCUCUUCUACCUGGAGACACUGAACACCAAGCAGAAGCUGUACCACAAGAAGAUCUUCAGGACCACGAUGCUGUUCCAGUUUGUGAACGUGCUGCUGCAGGUGCUGGUGCACAAGUCCCACGACCUGCUGCAGGAGGAGAUCGGCAUCGCCACCUACAACAUGGCCUCGGUGGACUUCGACGGCUUCUACUCCGCCUUCCUGCCCGAGUUCCUGGCCAGCUGCGACGGCGUGGACUCCAACCAGAAGAACGUGCUGGGGAGGAACUUCAAAAUGGACAGGGACCUGCCCUCGUUCACACAGAACGUGCACAGGCUGGUGAACGACCUGCGCUAUUACAGACUGUGCAACGACAGCCUGCCCCCGGGGACUGUGAAGUUAUAGUGACUGCACUGGACUGCCCCUCCCCGGGGCACAGCCCCGCGUUCCGGUUCGCCACCGCCCCUCUCCUCCCGGGCCGUGCCGGCGCUGCGGGAGCCGGCCUGGAUUCACCGCGCUCCACCGCUUCCUUUGAGUUCUCCCUGCCCAGCCCGAGGCCGCAGCUGGAGCCGGCAGGAUGUGUCUUAACGCCCACCCCGGGGCAUCCCGACUGUCGGGAAAUCCCUCUCCCGGGGCUUUCCCUCUGCUCCUGUAGCACUUUGUUGCAUCUGGAGGUGUCUGGAGACAUCAUGUCCGUAUCAAACACGAGGCAGAAGCGCCAAAGACCACUUCAGACAUUCGUACCUUCGUGUCAUUCCACCUUCCUGCCCCGCCCAGCUCUCGGAGGAGGAGUCUCCUGACGUUGGGACUGGUUUGGCACUUCUGUCACUCCCUUUGUUUUUAAAUUGCCUUGAAUACCUCCCCGAUGUUGGCGGGGAUUUAGAGACUUUUUUUGGGUUUUUUUUUAAACGUUUUCUCAUCAUUCCAUUGUGAUACUAAAACAACAUGCUUAAUGGGAAUAAAGUGCUUACUUUGUUGUUUUAAA